AAGAGGUUCUUCUUCUUCUUCUUCUAGGUGUCAACAGCCGCUGGUCCAGACCACUGACUGAAGCCGAACCGAGUCCAGCCCAACAUGAACGAGACCGCAGGAGUCCGCUUCCGGCGGCUGCACCGAGCUCACGUGAUCACAGAGGAACUUCCGGAGCGGAGACUCAAAGGGUCCAGCUCCUACAGUGGGAAGGUGUUCAAGGUGACCCUGCUGUCCCUGGGGGGCUUCCUGCUCCUUCCUCUGCUCGUCAUCAUCCUCAUCCUGGAGUCUCCCAUCCACCCUGAGGUCUUCAGUCUGAAGGAUCCGCCUCUGAUGAAGGGCUGCUGGGAGCCCAACCAGAAGCUGCGAGAGGCCCAGAGACUCUAUGAAGACCAGAUCCUUGGACCAGAAUCCAUCGCCAACAUCGGGGACGUCCUCUUCACUGGAACGGCGGACGGGAAAAUCCUGAAGCUGAUCGGACGGAGAGUCGUCACGGUGACUAGGCUCGGCAGGCUGCCAUGCGGCUCCAGAGAAGACGAGCCCACCUGUGGGAGGCCUCUGGGGAUCCGAGUCGGACCCAACGGGACUCUCUUUGUAGCCGACGCCUACCUGGGGCUGUUCGAGGUCAACCCCACCACAGGAGCUGCCACCCGGUUGGUGUCGGGGGGUCAGGUGGUCGCUGGCAGGAAGCUGUCCUUCAUCAACGACCUGACAGUGACCCAGGACGGGAAGAAGGUGUACUUCACCGACUCCAGCAGCAGGUGGCAGCGUAGAGACUACCUGCAACUCAUCAUGGAGGCCACGGCUGAUGGCCGGGUGUUGGAGUACGACGCAGAGACCAAAGAGCUGUCAGUCGUCAUGGAGAACCUCCGAUUUCCAAACGGCAUCCAGCUUCUGCCCAAUGAAGAGUCGGUUCUGGUUGCAGAGACCACCAUGGCCCGGAUCCGCAGGGUCCAUGUUGCUGGACUCAACAAAGGGGGAAUGGACACGUUUGUGGACAACCUGCCAGGCUUCCCAGACAACGUCCGUCCGAGCUCCACCGGAGGCUACUGGGUGACCAUGGCUGCCGUCAGACCCAACCCCGGCUUCUCCAUGCUGGACUUCCUGUCCCAGAGACCCUGGAUCAAGAAGUUUAUUUUCAAGCUCUUCAGUCAGGAUGUUCUGAUGAAGUUCGUUCCUCGGUACAGCCUGGUGGCGGAGCUCCAUGAUGGCGGCGUCUGCAGCCGCAGCUUCCAUGAUGCCGGCGGCCUGGUGGCGGCCUACGCCAGCGAGGCCCACGAGCAUGAUGGGAAGCUGUACGUGGGCUCCUUCCGCUCUCCCUACAUCGCCGUGUUGGACCUGCAGAAAGCUUAGGCUGGGAUCCGGACCAGAACCGACACCAACAGGGACGACUAGAAGAGACACAGACUCUGAGGUUCUGUUGAAGCCUUUGGACUGGUUCCCAGUAGCCUGAGGCCAGGCUGCACCAGCUGGUCCCGAUCAUACGGACCAAUCAGAGCAGGGGGUGGGGCCUCUGUUGUUAACAGUCCAAUAAAAGCAAAGAAAGCAGCUUCAGGGUCUGAUGUUUGGGGGGGAGGGUGGGGUGGGGGGUUCUGACCAGAAACGGAUGUAAACGGCCAGCCUGAUGGAGGCGCUGCUGAACCGGAGCGUCGCCCGCUCCUCCAUGGUGAACAACACAUGCUGGUUCCUACCUGAACCCGGGUCCCGGCGGCCCCCGUCCAGAACCGUAUCACCUAGAAGGCUGCAGCUUCUGUCUGCAAACAGAACUGACAGACUUUUCAUUACCAGUGGGUUCCUUUAAUGAGUCUCAGCGUUGCCAUGGUUACUGGGACAGAGUCCUAGCUAGUCUGGAAAAAUAGUUUCAUUAAUAAACAAUCCUCUGGACUUUG